UCAACAUUUUUUGUUUAUGAUAAGAAAGUUCGUUAAGUUUUAUAAGUUCGAAAAUUUUAAAUGUAAUAUUGAUAAACUUUUUUUAAAUGUAUUGAUAAUAAUGGUCUUACAUACUAGUAUAAUUUGAGUAGUACUAGUUUUUUCUGUGUAAUAUUGCUGAAGAAAAUUGUUUGAAUAUGUCAUUUGAAAUAGAAUCUUCAAAAAGUAUCAAUUUAAGCAAUGAUGAUAAACAAGAACCUGAUUCUCAUCUAAGUUUAGAUACAUUUAGCGGUUCUCUUGUUGGUAAAAAUGAGAAUGACAAAUACUAUUUUCCUCUAGUAGAAAUAAGCAAUGAUAGUCUGUUACAUUCAGUUGAAUUAAAUAUUCUGUCACAUAAAUCAUCAAUAGAAGAAAUUUGUAAUAUAUUUAAUUAUCAACUUGUAUACGAAUACCCUGCAGAAAUAUUUUUACAACGACCUUUAAUAAUACAGAAAUUUAUACAAUGGCUAAGUGAAAACAAAGAAGCUGAUUUAGUGUUGGAAUGUUUUACUAAAUUAAUUGAAAAAUUAAUACAACGGCAUGCUGAAAAUAUUGCUGGGUUAUGUGAAAAUUAUAGAUAUACUGUAUCAAAUUCUUCAAGUACAAUUAAUAGUCUUAUUGAUGACAAUAAUGUUGCAAAUCAAACUUGGAGUAUUGUUCAACUUUGUUUAUCAAUGAUGCCUUGUGUAAUGAAACAAGUGACUUAUAAUCGGAAUGGAGCUUUUUCACUUUUUAUUUUGAAUUUGAAGUUGUUAUUGUCUGUUAAAAACAAUAGUAAUUUGCAAUUUCAAGUGAAGACAAUAUUUUCAAAUUUUCUUUUUAAAACAUUUACUUUCAAAGAUUCUUUGUCUUCACUAAAAUUUAUGUUUAUUGUUAAAAUACUACAUGAAAAUAACUUAUUAAAUGAUAAAUUUAAUAACAUAAUAGAAGAAAUUUUGAAGCAACCAUACUGGAUUCAUCUUUAUCCAAACCUUUGUAAUUAUUUAGCUGAUCAAGUUAUUAAAAAAAAAAUAUUGGAAUGGGAAGUUUCUAAAAUGAUAGAAAAUGUGUGUAUUUUAUUAAAAGAUAAUAAUUUGAACAAAAAAUAUCGUAUAAGGUUGUUUAAAGAUUCAUUGUCAGUUUUAUGGUUUCCAAAAACAUUCAAUUUGUUGAUUGAUCAAUUCAUAGAAAAUUUAUAUAGUGAAGAAUAUUCAUUUCAAGUAGAAGACGAUAAUUUGAAUAUUGAGAUUUUAUUGCAUCUGUUAUCUUACGAAUAUUCAGAAGUUGCAUGUUAUACAUAUUUUUUGAUUCAUAAAACUGCCAAAGAAUUCUUAAAUGAACAUAACUCUCAUUUAAAAAAAAUAAAAGGAUUUAUUAAUAAUGUAUUGUGUACUAGGAUUUUGGGUGAAAUUAUUUGCAAUGGAUGUUCAAGUAUAAAUGAAAAGAUUUCUCAUUCUGCAUCAGAAAUCUUAAUACUUCUUUUACAAAGUAAAAAUAACAGUACUUGGGAAUUAGUUUUAAAAAAUUUAAUUCCAAUUUUUCCAAUUCUUUGUUGUCAUGCUUCUCAUAAAACUGUAUUUGGCCAAUUAAUUAUUGACUUUUUUGAUCCAGAUAAAGUUGAACAACAUAAAAUAUCAAACUUACAGUUAUUCCAUGCUACUAUUUUAAUGUUAAUGAGUAGAGAUAAAAACUGUCAAGCUGAAGCUAAUCAAAGAAUAACGUGGUUAUUAAAAUCUACUCUAAAUAAAACUAUAGUCCUACCUCUAAUAACUUCAAUUGAUGUUGAUGUUUUCACUCCAAAUUUACAAAAAUUUGUUGGUGGAUAUAAUUUAAAAGAUUUAGAUGAAGUUAUGGAUUUGAUAACUAAUAAAUGUUCUAAUAAUCAAACAAUAAAAUGUGGAUUGUAUAAAAUAUUAAUCUUAUUAGAAAAUGACAAUCUUUAUAAAUAUUUCUUACAAAAAAAUGGAAUAGAUAUUAUGUUAAAUUUGCUGAAAUCAAUACAAGUGACUACAAAUUCACGUUCGUUGUUAGUUUUAAUACUACAAAUAAUUAUGAAAUACUUUGAAAAAAAAAGCAUUAUUCAAAACAAACCCAUAUCAUUACUCAAUAAUGUAGAUUUAUUGCUUCAUUUGAUAACAAUUUUGUCUGAUUUUAUUGAAGUUUUGUUAGUGAAGAAAUACACAUUGGCUAUAUUGUUUUAUUGUUCAUUUGAAAACUAUUUUAAUUAUUUUAACAAACUCCCUGAACUUGUUGUAAAGAAAUUAUAUAUUCCAUAUGAAAUUACAAAUUUAAAAAUUUCAGAAAGUACUUUAAAAUUUUCAAUUGCUUCUCAAGAGAUAAAAAAUAAUAAAUACUGUAUGGCAGCAAUUAAUUUGACGUGGAAUUUAAAAUAUUACAAUAUUGAUUUGAUACUUGAAAACAAAAUGCCUAUUUUUGAUAAUGACAAAGAAUUAGAACAUACUCUUGAUGAAUUUAAAAAAUUGAACAUUAAAUGGUUUUUUAACAAAAUUUUAUAUAAUAUAGCCAAUACAAAUUCACAAUCUGUGGCUAGAAGUGCUAUUUAUAGUUUAAAAAGAUAUUUGGAAUUGGUUCAAUUUGUAGAUAAUAUCAUUAUUGAUGGAAAUGUAUUUGGCGACUCAUUAAAGAAAUUUCUCGUUUUACCUCCAGUACACAUUGAAGAUUUGAAGACAUUAAUUUUUGUUAUAAAACUAUUCAAUUUUUCUUUAAAACAAAAUAUUCUUAUUGAUAAAUUCAACUGGAUAGCUGAUACUUUGAUGGAUACAGAAAUAAUGCAUCACAAAAUAAAAGAAAAUUUUUACUACGACAAAACUUCAAAAGAACUAUGCAAUGUAUUUUUUAUUGAACUAUAUCAAUUAUAUUGGCUAUGUCUAAAAAAAUAUAAUAACUUUAGUAGAUCCAGUCUACUUAUAUUGUUGUUAAAGCAAUUACCUGAUGCAUCAAAUGAAUUGGUUUUAGUGGAUAUUAUGUUGAGUUGUAUUGCUACAUUAACAGAGAAUUCUAAGUGUAUUGAUGAAGGAUCUAUUACAUUCUUACUUUCUAGUUUAAUUUCUCCAUUUAAGGAAAUAAACAAACCAUAUCUCUCAUGUGUUGGAAAUAUUCAAAGAAAUUACCUUUUUAUUCUAAAUCAUUGUAUUCAUUACACAUCAUUAUUUUCUAAUGCACAUGAUAUAUGGUCUAGUUAUGAUUGGAGAACAUGGAUUUGUUCUUUGAUGUACAACUCUGAUCCAUUAGUUUGUGCAUUACUCUUUCAAUUUGCUGCUGGUUUAAUUGUUAUUGAUGUUGAAGUUUCAAACGAACUGAUAGUUCAUGCAUUAAAUUUAUUUUGUGAAGAGAAUUCUAUGGAAGCUUUAGUUGUUUCUGAACAAGCAUCAGUAUUUUGUUCCAAUUUAUUUUGUAAUCCAAAGUUCAAAUCUAUUUGUCUAGAAUAUGUUCCUAAACUGAACUUUGAAACAUUUAUUCAAGUUAUAUAUAUGUGUAUUGACAAUUAUUUUAAACCUAUAGGAAUAAGAAAACUACCAUCAUCACCAAAACUUGUUGCUAAUAUAUGUUGUAUGCUUUCUAAUAUAAUUACUUUAGCAGAAAUAAAUUUAAAUAUAUUUGAAAAUAAAGAACCUCUUGUCAAUGCCUUGGCUAAGUGUUUAAAAAUAUUUAUUGAUCCAGUAUAUGUUGAAGAGUAUCAUAUAAGAGAAAUGUGUGGGCGUAUCGCAUCAUUGUUAACUUUGUUUAUACCUGUUAGCAUUUAUGAUUUUGAUCAAUUAUUGGAUAGUAUAAAAUUCUUUUUUGAAAAUCCUUAUUUAGAAUUGGAUCAUUGCACCAUCAUGGUUUGGAGAUCUUUUUUUCAACUAAUUUAUGUGUUUGGUCAAAAUAAGAACCACAAAGAGUUUGUUAUAACAGAUGGUUUUAUGACUGCAUUGAUCAAGAGUAUUGAUUCAAAUCAUAAGGAUCUUUGCAUUGAUGCUUUAAAAGUUAUUACAACAUUAUGUUCAUGGUUACCUAAAAAAUCAUUACCUAUAAUUUAUGAAUCAAUAAACCGUAAAUUGCAUAUUGAAUGGGAUAAAAAAAUUUUGAAAAAAUCAUUAUUAAAAACUUUAUCUGCUCUAUUAUUAAAACACCCUAAUAUAUAUGAAUAUACUCGACGAGAUAAUUUAAUUCAAUUUCUUAUUUCAAAACUAAAAAAUAUCUUACUGAUAUGCAUGAAACAACAAUCUCAAAUACAAAAUAUAUUGAAAAAAGAUUAUUUGGAUAUUGUGAAUCUAUUUUGUAAUACAUUCAGUGUGUGUCACCAAGCUAAAAUUGAUGCUACAUUUGAGUUACCAGAUGUAGUUCAUAAAUUUUGGCCUAACAUUACUGUUGCACCCAAAUCAGAAGUUUUUUUACAUUCUCUUCAAAUGUUUGUGUCUUUCAUGGCAGAUUGUCCUUCAGCUUGUAGUUCAAUGACAAGAACAAGUUGUACUACUGGGGUAGACAUAAAAACAAGAUGUUCUAAUUCAUUAUUUCAUGAGAUAAUCUCACUGAUCGAAAAUACUAUUUUACCUUCAAAUAUUUUAAAUGUUAUUAUGUUGUUUAUACUGAAUUCUUUUCAGUCACAAGAUUGUCGUUCUAUUUUAAUAAAAAAUAAACUGUUUUCAAACAUAAUACCAAUGCUUGAUCCUAAAGAAAAAUAUAAACAAAAUUUUGAAUUAGAAGAAAAAUGGCUUAAAAUAUUACAAGCAUUUACUUACUAUUCAGAUGGACAAAUAUCCAUUCUAAAAGUAAAUGAUAUAUUAGAUAUUCUGGUUAGUCUAUUUAAAACGCCUUAUGAACAUGACAGUUUGGCAAUAUUAAGAAAUUUAAGUUUUAACUCACAAAACAAAGUGGCCCUUUUAACAUCAAGAGUUGUUUGGAUGGGAAUAAAAGAUAUUUUAGAAACUAGAAAUCUUAGUGCUCAACACUACAGAGAUAUUGGUUUGAUUGUGUGGUCUCUGACAUGCAAUAAUCAAAAAGGUCGAUUGCAACUCCGUGAUUGGGGUAUAAAUAAAUAUUUUGAGAAAUUAAAUUUACCUUUGUUCCAUGACCAAGACAUUGAUCACAUCUUGAAUUCUGUUUAUUUGUGCCUAAAAUAUUGAAGAAUUUAUCUGUUAUUAAAUAUUAUUUAACAUUUCUAAUUCAGUAAUUCUAAUUAUGCAGCUUAUUUUUUUAUUGUGGUUGUAUUGUACAUUUUUUUGUAAUAUUGUAUUUUUUUUAUAAAUUUUUAUUUUUUUAUAAAAUAUUGUAGUAUAUUUUUUUAG